GGUAUCUUUUGACAGUUACCGAGUCACUCUAACGUCUCAGCGGUUAGAAGUGGCUGCCGUGGCCCGGUCUUCCACUGUGUGACUUGUGAGAACAUGGCAGCUCUGUAGACGCUCAGCGCGCGCCCCUUGUAGGCUCAGUCCUUGCCAGCGGCCCGGGUUCAAGUCCGACCAGAGGCUCUUUGCUGCAUGUCAUCCCCAUUGACAUAUAUAUAAGGUCUCCCAGGUGUUAUGAACAACUAUGAGGUCAUCCGUCAGAUUGGAGAGGGUGCGUUUGGUAAAGCCUUCCUGGUUCAGGACAGAGGGGCGGGUGGAGACAGGCAGUGUGUGGUCAAACAGAUCAACCUGAGGAAGAUGUCGGCGAGGGAAAAGGAAGCGUCCAAAAAAGAAGUGACGCUGCUGUCGAAGAUGAACCACCCCAACAUCGUCUCCUUCAUCACUUCUUUUCAUGAGAGGAGGAGCCUGUAUAUAGUGAUGGAGUACUGUGACGGAGGAGAUCUGAUGAAGAAGAUCAACAUGCAGAGAGGAGUCUUCUUCACUGAGGAGCAGGUCGUGGACUGGUUCGUUCAGAUCUGCCUUGGCCUCAAACACAUCCACGACAGGAAGGUCCUCCACAGAGACAUCAAAGCUCAGAAUAUCUUCCUAACUAACGGAGGGACGAAAGCGAAGCUGGGGGACUUUGGAAUCGCAAGAAUGUUAAAUAACACCAUGGAGCUGGCCAGGACGUGCGUUGGGACGCCAUACUACCUCUCCCCGGAGAUCUGCGAGAGUCGGCCAUACAACAACAAGACGUACGUACAGCCGGCGCUCUGCGCUAGGCUUGGCUACCGUUUGGAGUUUAACGAUUCCGAUUCCUAA